GUUUUGGCUCAAACCUUGAAGAAGAAUUUGAAAAUGUUGAAUACAAGUCACUAAUUUCUCAUCUCCUUGAACAACCCUUGAUCAUAUAUAACCUGCCAAAAGUAAAGCCAUGAUCUUUCACGUCUAUCCGUGGCACUUCCAUCGUUGAUUUCUCUACCCAUUUCAUCCAAUACACCCUAUUAUCGUUGCAUUAGAAGAACAAACUCAUGGUAGAAGAAGGGGAUAGAUCUGAGAUUGGAUCCUCUGAUCAAGUCAAUGGAUUCCCAAAUUCUUUCCCUUCUCCAAGGCGGCGGAGUUCUUCACGGAAUAACUCUCCUCGAUCUUUCUCUUUUCUCUCACCCACUUCCUUCGAUACUCAAUUCCCUUCAUCUUCGUGUUUCUUGACGAUUCAUCGAUUUUUUAGAAGGAAAGGUGUUAGAACUUGGUGGAGAAGACGAGCUAAGGCUUUGGUAAUCGUAUCGGCAGUACUGGCUUGUUUCCUUAUGAUGAAUUGGUUGUUGUUAUCUCGAAUCCAGGAUCCUAUUCGUGGUAUUGAAUUCAGAACCUUAAAAGCUAAUUCAUCUACAUACUCAAAUCAGGCAAAUCCAAAAUGGCAUGGAAAAGGGAAAAGGCCUCAUAAAACUAUCUAUGCUAGACUUUUGGCUAAGGCUUCUCAUGCAUUGGCUGAGGGUCAGAACAAACCCGAGCCGAAAGACCUAUGGGUUGAGCCAUUUGUUGCUGCGUCGUCAUGGAGACCCUGUUCUGAUCAACUGAAAUGGAAACCUAAUGAAGGGAAGAAUGGUUACAUUGUAAUAAGUGCUAAUGGUGGAUUGAACCAACAGAGAGUUGCUGUUUGCAAUGCAGUUGCAGUUGCUCGAUUGCUUAAUGCCACACUUGUAAUUCCCAAGUUUCUCUACAGUAGUGUGUGGAGAGAUGUAAGUCAAUUCGACGAUAUAUAUCAGGAGAAACAUUUUAUCGAAUACUUGAGCUCUGAUAUUCGAAUAGUAAAGGAACUUCCUCUGGAGCUACAGUCAUUGGACUUGGAGGCAAUCGGUAGUGUGGUGACUGAUGCAGACAUAAUCAAGGAAGCAAAACCAAGUUUUUACAUCAAACACAUUCUUCCCCUCUUGCUUCGAAACAGAGUGAUACAUUUUGUUGGUUUUGGAAAUCGUCUGUCGGCUGAUCCAUUACCAUUUAAUUUACAAAGACUUCGAUGCAGAUGUAACUUUCACGCCCUCAAGUUUGUUCCCAAGAUACAAGAAACAGGCGCAUUGCUUCUACGAAGAAUGCGUCAGAACACAUUGUUUUCCGGACCAUUGGAUCGUUAUCUUGUGGGUCCAUCUGGAGAACCAAAGGAAAAAAUAGGAAAUGAAGUAGAAAAGAUCAGAUAUCUUGCUUUACACCUUAGGUUUGAAAUUGAUAUGGUGGCUCAUUCUUUAUGCGAAUUUGGUGGGGGUGAAGCAGAAAAACAAGAACUCGAAUCAUAUCGUGAAAUUCAUUUUCCUGUAUUGUCGCAGUUAAAGAAGACGAAAAAGCUACCAUCUUCAGAAGAGCUGAGAGGUGAAGGCUUAUGUCCUUUAAUGCCCGAGGAAACAGCGUUAAUGCUGGCGGGUCUUGGUUUCAAUAGAAAGACACGAGUUUUCUUGGCAGGUGCACAAAUUUAUGGUGGCCAUUCUAGGUUGGCCUCUUUGAUCACCUUGUAUCCCAACUUGGUCACUAAGGAGGGCUUACUUUCUUCAUCUGAAAUACAACCAUUCUUGAAUUAUUCAUCCCAGUUAGCAGCUCUGGAUUUCAUAGUGUGCACAGCUUCGGAUGCAUUUGCGAUGACAGAUCCUGGAAGUCAGUUGUCAUCGUUGGUGUCAGGGUAUCGCGUUUACUAUGGAGGUGGGAAAAUGCCCACUAUAAGACCGAACAAAAGGAGGCUGGCUGACAUCUUCAUCAAGAAUAACACUAUCGAGUGGAAGGUUUUCCAAGACAGAAUCAUGAAAGGAUUCAGACAAACUAAACGCAUCCGAACACGCCCAAAGGGAAGGAGUGUAUAUAGAUAUCCUCGAUGCAAAGAGUGUAUGUGCCAUGUAACCAAAUAGACAGUAUAGUUUCUAGGAAUUAUGAUUAUUUGUUGUUUUGUUUCUUAUGUAACAUCAUUGUUAUUCUUAUUCGUUGUGCUUAGACCGAUUCGAAAUUUGGUUGUGCUUGAUAAUAGACAUUUUACACUGGAAACAUUAACAAUUUGACUACAUAUAAACAGAGUUUUUUUUUUGCUUGGAAACAGAAUUGA